AGCCUUGCAAAAAGCACCGAAACUUCGAAACGAAGAGCAGAUGUCUCCCUUCCAUCAGGGCCGUCGGCACAGCCAGAAUUCCAGAGACCCGACCCGGCAUUGCCACACGGGAGGAGGUUGUUGUUGCAUUGCGUAGCGUUGCAUUGCGUUCCCUGCUGCAGUUUUGCAGACCGUGCACACAAACACAACACAAACACAACACAACACAACACACUCACGCCAUGAUUCGCCGCACGCGGGCGCUGAUGUCCGGGUUGCCACCGCCGGGAGCUGCCGGGACCGCUGCCCGGACCAAAACCCCCAAACCGCGGACGGUGGUGAGAGAUCCGAGAACCGCCCGCAAGGCGAAGGGCGGCCACCCGGUGGUUCCGGUGGCGAGCGAGACCGAGCGGCAAUGGCAGCAACAGCAACAGCAACAGCAACAGCAACAACAAUUCCAGCUGCAACAACGACAAGAACAGGCACAACCACAACCAAGCCCCCCACCGCUUCCCUUUCGGCCGACCGACCAGAACCAGGAAUCGGUCGGAUCGAGCCUGGUUUCGUACGGGCUCGCGGGGGUGGGAGUGGCCAUGGGCGUGACACUUGUGCGCGUUUUGCUCGGGGCAUAGCAAACCACACCAAACCGCAGCACAAAUCAACGCAACACAAUUUAGUUUCGGUGGAUGGCGGUGUGGCAACCGGGAAAUGCAACGGUGGAGGGGCUGGAGGCUUGUGUUGGGUCGUCUUGUGUUGCUUUGCUUUGGGUUGCUUGCUUCGUGCAACGCAUGCUACCGAGCCGAUCCGACGAAAGCAACCCGCAAGGAUCCACCAACGAGCGGAUCGGAUCGGAAUCGGAUCGGCGCACGGAACAGAACGAACGGUACGCAGUAGCUGCUGCUACACCGAAUCGGAUUGGGUUGGGUUGGGUUGGAUUUGGCUGGGUUGCCAGAGUGGAUUUUUUGGAUCCGCCGCAUCGAUGCGGCAUGGUUGGCUCUUAUCCUGCUUCCGGGAACGAACGAACGAACAAACAAUUUGGAGUGCCGGUGGCAACCAUUCGACGAACGACACAGAGUGCGCAACUGCUCUUGCAACAGCAUUGUUGUCCUGCUGCCAUCUCUCGAUAGCUGUUGCUGGCUGGGACCGGGACGGCUGCUCAACAGCAUGGUCAUUGCGGUAUCGAUUGCUGCAGUGCGGUUCCAGCCAUGAACUACCAACGCGGUUGUAUUUGCUGGUGCUGCUAGUAGCAUGAUUAUAAUGCUACUG